AUUGUAACGAGCAAGUGUUCGUUAAAAGGAGAGGGAGAUAAAAAGUCUUGGUACACGCCGCGCAUAAAAAGCAUGUGCGCGAGUUAAAAAGACACAAGUGUUCGGAGGACUACAGAGAUAAACCAAAAUGAGAUUCCUGCACUAUUUGGGCCUUCUGUGCCUUACCCUGGUGGGAUUCACUUUUUGCGACACCAUCAAUGGUCAAAUAGGACAGGUCUACAUUGAAUAUAUCAACGCCAAGAAUUCCUUCACGCUGCUCUUUUCAAAAGAUGAUUUGAGUUCUGAGCAUCCAGCCCGAGUGCACGUCAGAAAGGGCGACGCUUCGUACGGCGACGAGCCUGUUUUUGUGGUGCUUCGACAGGAGAGGGAUGUCAUUUCGUGGGAACUUCCCUAUCAGGCGGAAAAUGGACAGUUGUAUAGUUUCGCGUCUCACACGACGUGUCCGUACGCCAACGAAUCUCUGGAGGUGAUCGUGUCAACGUCCGACGAGUGGCCAGUCCGCGUUGAAGUUUACGUCAGCCUGCAGACGUCGUACAAGAUUUCGCUCAACACCUCCAUCCAAACACACGCGGAACCCACGUCACCGCGCUACUUCCGUUUCGAUUUUCCCGAAAAUGUGACCAGCGUCCUUCUUGAGGUCAUAAGUCCCAAUGACUCCUGCACCACCUUGAGCCUUUUCAAAUCGUGCUCCAUUCACCAACUGGUGGAAUUUUCGACGCACAGAGACAACUACCGUCAAACAAUCACUAAGAAAGGGGGAAUGAUGAUCAAUCAAAAGAUGUUUCCCAAGGGACAUUUCUAUGUUGGAUUUGUCGUGCUCUCUGACGACCAAAAAUGCUUGGAUGGUUUUAUUUCGCAGCCUUCAGUCAACGCUUCAAUUAUCGAUGAACCAGUGCGCAUGAAAAAUCUGACGCUGACCAUCACAGACAUUUCUGAAGUCAGCAUUGUUCUCCUGUUAGCGGAAACAAUGGGCUUUUUGCUGCUGAUGACGGUAUUUCUAGUUUUCGUCUGGAUGUCGCUCAAAUGCUGGAUUGCAUUUCGGAAAAGACGCAUUAACCAGGGUGACCCUUUUCAACGGUUGGCAGAAAUAAGGAGACGUUCUGAUGAUUUAGUAGCACUUUUAAGUGGGUUGGGUGAAGAUCUUACCGAGUCGUCUGAUCAAAUUUAUGAAUGCAGUGAGAUAAGAAAAUUAAAGGCAAUGGAGAACCUGAAGAAACAAAUUAGAGCGGGGGAUACGAUUUAUCUUUCUCACGUGAUUUGGCACACCUUGGAAGACUGGAAGUAUUCGCAAAGCCUCUACCCGUGGAUAUUGGCGGCCAUCAUCAUUUACAACUGCAUUCCGGUCAUUUACAUGGUCAUCGUGUACCAAUCGAACAUUCACAAAACUGGAGACUUGGACUGGUGUUACUACAACUUUUUCUGCUCGCAUCCGCUCAUGUUCCUCUCGGACUUCAACCACGUCGCCUCUAACAUCGGCUACGGAUAUCUAGGACUUUUUUUCAACCUUUUAGUUAAGAGACGAGAGAAGGCAGCAAUCAACGAGCCCUUAAUUAACCACUUCAAAGGCAUCCCGCCACUAUUCAACCUUUACUACUCCAUGGGCUGGGCACUGUUCGCAGAGUGCGUCUGCAGCUCCUGCUACCACGUCUGUCCCAACAAAUUCAACUUCCAAAUAGACACGUGCUUCAUGUAUGUGAUCGCGGUGAUGUGUGGGAUCAAAUUGUACCAGAACCGACACCCCAGCGGAGCCAUGCGUGCCAAGAACGCCUUUUUCUUCCUGGCCGUGCUGAGCGUCAUCAGUUGGCUUGGCGAGUUGCUGGACAACUACUUGGCUACGUGGAUUGUUUUCAGUGCCGUCUAUAUGACCAUCAGCUUUUUUUGCUGCAUCCACGUGUACUACUGCGGUUGCUGGCGAUUCCGGUUGCCAUCGAGGACGCUUUUCCACGAAGUCAGAGCCGAUGCGUUCCGCAAAGACAGAUUCAUCUACACCUCCUUGAUCUUCCUUUUGAACUUGACGCUCUGCAUUUCUGGUCUUGCACUUCGGCCUAAAGAUAUCGCAUUCUGCCUUCUGAUCGUCCUGGUGGCCAACUUGGCCUUGUGUACUGCCAUCUACUUGGUGAUGAAGUGCGUCGUCGACGGUUCGCUUUGGUUCUGUCGUCCCAAGCCGGUGAUUCUGCUUGUGGCCAGCGUCAUUUGUUGGACGCUGGCGAUGAUUUGCUUCGGAGAAACGAGCACCACGUGGGAAGAACCGGCGGCUGUUUCCCGCACUUUCAACCAGAAGUGCGUGUUGCUCGAAUUCUUCGACUACCACGACCUCUGGCACCUGCUUUCCUCUUGCGGCCUCUUCUUUUACUUUUGGUUGCUCCUGAUCAUAGACGACGACAUCAAGGAUAUGUGCAGAUCUCAAAUCAAAGUUAUUCUUUAAUUAUUUCUUCUUUGGAGGUGCUGCCGUUUCUAAACAUUUAGUAUUUUUUUCUUUUCUACGUUGUAACUUAAUUUUUGAAGAAUUAACAUUAAUAACGAAAAAACAUGAAAAUAUUAUAUUUCUAAAUUAUCGGAAAAAAAAUUCCAAAUAAUUACAGUUUUAAGAGCAAAGAAAUCAAACAUGCAAUUACAUACAUAGACAGAACUUGAUAGAAGUAUUGUAGAUUGUAGCCUUUAGAAUAAGGAAAAAACAUAUGAUUUAUAUUUUCUUUGCAUUUAACUAGUUUACAAAAUAAUUUUUAAGUGUGGCGUAAAUUCCAGCUUAGAAGCGCCAAGGUUGUUUCAAUGUAAUUUCUACAAUAAAAAUAUCUUUAAAUCUAAAAAAUUUAGAAACAAAUAUUAUUUGUUGCUAAAAUUUCAAAUUAUUGGCAUGCUGAGUUAGCACCAGCAAAUCCCAAAAGCAUGACUGUAAAUAUCCCCCAAUUAUUUUUUUGAAAUUAACAGAGAAAAUUUAUCUGGCAUUGCAAAUUAUUUAUAAAAAAAAAUAUAUAUAAAUAAAAUUAUGAACAUUUAUUGUGUAGAUGCUAUUAAAAAAAGUGUAAAAUUGAGGUAUAAUUACUAAACGUAAGUUGCAAAUCAAAUUUUAUAUAAUAUUCCCCAUGGAAAAUCAAAUUAAUAAAC